AUCCAUCCUUUGGGGUUUGGGUGGGCGGGUGGGUGUACGGUGAUUUCGGCCUUCCGCCACCAAAUCCCGACUCGUCUACUCCCACAGUCCCUCUCGCUUGCUCCUCCUCGCCACCUUGAGCGGCCAACACCCGGCCAUCGUCCUCGUCCAUCCUCCCCCCUCAAAACGGAACGCCUCGUCUCUCUCUCUCUCGUCACUCACUCUCUCUUCCUGUCGACGUAGAACGGACCGCCCUAACCUUGAGGCCCUUCCCCCUCUUGCUCCGCUGCUACAUAGACCUGACCUUUCAAGUUUUAAGAAGAAAAAAAUUCCAGCAAGCAUGAUGAUAGAAUUAUAGUUUGUCGAAAUAUUUAUUGAAUAUCCAUUGGAUGGCUAUUCCAUUUGCACAAAGAAAGUCAUGGUAUGCAGUCAAAGCUAAGAUGACAUAAUUCAUUUGAUGGAAAUAAAGGACUGGUCUUUAGCUCUAGGACCUUCAUGAUGACAUUAGUGUGACUUCAUUAUCAUCAUCCUUCAACAACUACAUCAUCAGGUGGUUGCUACAUUCAAUUUCUUGAAAGUGUUAAGUUUGAUUUGGUAUUCUCAUAAAGUUAAGGCUUUUGGUUUCUAGAUCCAAUUUAUUUCAUGUGUAUGAAAGAGUUUCUUUCUUAAUUGCCUCUCAGUAGUUUUCAUGUUUCAAUGUGAAUACAAGGUGUGGAUCAACAUGAAAUUGUUUUGCUAGCAAGUUGUACUUCCAAUGAAAUCUUGCGGGGCUAGGAAAGACUGAGUAGGGAACUAAAAAAUUUAGAGAGCAGAUUAAACAAGAAAGAAAGAGGAACAUCAUGAAUAUGUGCAGCAAACCGGAGGAGGUGAUGAAGCUCCCAAGCCACCAUUUCAUCAAGGUUUUCCUCCCUGAUCUGACCUCCCAACACCUGAAAAUCCCACCAGCUUUUCGAGUGCAUUUAAGGAACAAAUCACUUAGGAUGGUUUCUUUAAGAGGUCCCAGUGGCAAUGUGUGGGAUGUGGAACUGGUUGAUAGCUCAAACGGGCUUCGCUUUGAGAGUGGAUGGAAGGAGUUUGUCACAGACCAUGCCAUCGAGACUGGUGACAUUUUGGUGUUUCGGUUUGAUGGAUGCUCUUGCUUCUCAGUCUUGGUCUUUGAUGCAACUGCAUGUGAAAAGGAGGUGGCUUUUCUUGCCAGGCCUCAUGCUCAAAAUGUUGCUGAUGUUAACGAGCCAAGACCCGCUGAAGAGAUGGCUAUUGUUUCUAGAACUUCCCAGCAGGAAGUUGACAUUAUUUGUGUGAAGGAGGAAGAAGGGGAGGCAACAGCCUUAAAUACACAGAUUUUUUCACAAAAUAAUGGUCCAGGUAUUGAUAAAAAGAGAAAGAUGAGAAGUAUUAAUUGCCUUCAAGAACCUAAGUCAAAGGAGAUAUUCUAUUCUGGUAAUUUGACAUCUAGAAGAUCGAUGAAAAGCCCAGAUGCUGAAACAAUUGCUAAAACAAUUAUUUCUUCUCAAUAUUCUACAUCAAAAUCGUCAAUUGAAGAGUGCUUGCAAUUACGGAAGCCUAAUAAAGUUCGUCGACGAGGAGAACUUGUGGCAAAGGUGCAAAAAAUGCCUCCUCUUUCUUCACAACGGAGACCUGUGACUAAAGAAGAAGUGGACAAGGCUCUUUGCAAAGCAAAAUCUUUUAUGUCAAAGAAUCCCUUUUUCCUAAUCGUGAUGCAGGAUUCCUAUGUUUACUCAAGUUUUUUUAUGAAUGUUCCUGGCUCUUUCGCACAACCACAUCUACCAAGAAUAUCUCAGGUUCUUACAUUGUGGGAUGAGAAUGAUGAGCGAUGGGCUGUGACCUAUGUUUAUUAUGGCAAUCGCGGCGCUUUGAGUGGCGGUUGGGGGGCCUUUGCUAAAGCUCAUAAUCUGGAGAAGUUUGACGUGUGCAUCUUCGAGCUAAUUAAGAAACAACAUUUGAAGGUUCACAUUUUCAGAGUAGUGGAUGAAAUUACUUCCUUGCUCCCUAAUUCUAAUGGGAAAAGUUAACAGAUUGUGCUUUUUUUUUUUCAAGAACUGUGUAGCUUCCAUCCUGGUGUUAUUGUACGAAGAUCGAUAACAAUUGAGCCUUUUACCAAUUUUAGUA